AUGAAAAUUCUGUCAUUUUUAUGUCUUGCUAUUCUUGGCAUAAAAUCGAGUGAAGUUUUCUUUCCGAUUGACAUUUUUGCACGAGCACAAUGCAAUUUUCUCUUCAUCUUCGAUUUCUCGGAGUACGCGACUGAGAAUGGGUUCCCAGCCACAAUGCAAAAGAAACUCGCUCAAACAGCCUCAAACGCAUAUGACCAAAAGCAAAAUUUGACUGAGGAACUCAAAGGAGUGUACAAUUGGUGGUCAAUCGGCGCCAAUUGGGCAAACGGACCGAUUCCCCACGAGUUUUUUCCCUACGCCGCUUUCUCCGACAAUCUCAUGGGAGCCACCGCACCGCCUUUCACGUUCUAUGAAGGAUUUGAUAUAUUAAAUACUAUGUUGGAAGUGGAUCGGCCGAUGGACACGUUCUUUGUAAUAUUCAGUGCAAGCCCUCAGGAAAUCAUUCGCAGUACCACUGUCAAAGCGCAGCUACACGAGAAAAUCAUUGGCGUUGGACUGACGGGUGUCAAUGAUCUGGCGGAAGUCUCGCAGAUAUCCUUAUCGGCCGGACUCGACAACAACUCGUUUAACAUCACAAAAGCUAUGCUAGAGAUUUGUAAAGACUGGCACCAGACCACAACGACGAUGACGACGAGCACAAAAGCACCAUCCACUACUUCAACCACGAAAAAAACGAGUGUGACCACUGCGGAAAGGGCGGUAAAGAGUUCAACAAGUCAGCCGACUGCUGUAUCCCCAACUGAACCCGAACCGACACAAAAUGACUCACCAAGUAGCACCAGAUUGUCGAUCGAUUCAACGACUAAGGGCGCUGAUCACCCAUUGAAAUCCGCCAUUCUUUUGGUGUUUCUCCUCGCAAUAUACAAUGAA